CCCCCAAUUGCUUGAACUAAAACGAUGGCUACUAAUAAAUCCAUUUCCUUGGAAGAAAUAAAGAACGAGAAUGUCGAUCUUGAGCGAAUCCCUGUUGAAGAAGUUUUCGAGCAGCUCAAAUGUACGAGAGAAGGUUUGACUACGGAGGAAGGGGAGCAGAGGCUCCAUAUCUUUGGACCCAAUAAGCUUGAAGAGAAAAAGGAAAGCAAAUUCCUCAAAUUCUUGGGUUUUAUGUGGAAUCCCCUCUCAUGGGUUAUGGAAGCUGCUGCUAUCAUGGCCAUAGUUUUGGCCAACGGCGGAGGCCAACCCCCAGACUGGCAAGAUUUCGUUGGUAUUGUGGUGUUGUUGUUCAUCAACUCCACCAUUAGUUUCAUUGAAGAAAACAACGCCGGAAAUGCAGCUGCUGCUCUAAUGGCAGGUCUUGCACCAAAAACCAAGGUGCUGAGAGAUGGGAGAUGGUCUGAGCAAGAAGCUUCCAUCUUGGUUCCUGGAGAUGUGAUCAGCAUCAAGCUUGGUGACAUUGUCCCAGCUGAUGCUCGUCUCCUAGAGGGUGAUCCUCUCAAGAUCGAUCAAUCUGCUCUCACUGGUGAGUCCCUCCCUGUAACUAAGCAUCCUGGUGAAGAGGUCUUCUCUGGAUCCACCUGCAAGCAAGGUGAGAUUGAGGCUGUUGUUAUCGCUACCGGUGUCCACACCUUCUUCGGCAAGGCUGCUCAUCUUGUUGACAGCACCAACCAAGUGGGUCACUUCCAGAAGGUGUUGACAGCCAUUGGGAACUUCUGUAUCUGCUCAAUUGCAGUGGGAAUGGUGAUUGAGAUAAUCGUGAUGUACCCGAUCCAGCGCCGGCCUUACAGGCAAGGAAUUGAUAAUCUGUUGGUGCUACUCAUUGGAGGAAUUCCCAUUGCCAUGCCCACAGUGUUGUCAGUGACAAUGGCUAUUGGGUCUCACCGUUUGUCCGAGCAAGGUGCCAUCACAAAGAGGAUGACUGCAAUAGAAGAGAUGGCUGGCAUGGAUGUGCUUUGCAGUGACAAGACUGGAACCCUCACCCUCAACAAGCUUUCUGUUGACAAAACCAUGAUUGAGGUGUUUGUCAAGGACUUGGACAAAGACUCUGUGGUCUUGAAUGCUGCCAUGGCUUCCAGAAUUGAAAAUCAGGAUGCCAUUGAUGCUUCAAUUGUUGGGAUGUUGGCUGACCCCAAAGAGGCAAGAGCAGGGAUCCAAGAGGUGCAUUUCUUGCCCUUCAACCCUGUCGAUAAGCGCACUGCAAUCACCUACAUUGCCUCCGAUGGCUCAUGGCAUCGAUCAAGCAAGGGUGCACCUGAGCAGAUUAUUGAGCUUUGCAAUCUCAGGGAAGAUGCAAAGAACAGAGUUCAUUCAAUUAUUGAUAAAUUUGCCGAACGUGGUCUUCGUUCUUUGGGUGUUGCUCGACAGAAAGUUCCAGAGAAGACAAAGGAGAGUGCUGGAGGGCCAUGGGAAUUUCUUGGUCUUUUGCCCCUUUUUGAUCCUCCAAGGCAUGAUAGCGCAGAGACCAUCCGGCGAGCACUCAACCUUGGAGUGAACGUUAAGAUGAUCACAGGUGACCAGCUUGCCAUUGGCAAGGAGACUGGUCGUAGGCUUGGCAUGGGCACCAAUAUGUAUCCCUCUUCCUCCCUCCUUGGCCAGAGUAAAGAUGAGUCCAUUGCUUCCAUCCCUGUAGAUGAGCUUAUUGAAAAGGCCGAUGGCUUUGCUGGUGUCUUCCCUGAGCACAAGUAUGAGAUUGUGAAGAAGCUGCAAGAGAGAAAACAUAUCUGUGGGAUGACUGGAGAUGGUGUCAAUGAUGCACCAGCAUUGAAGAAGGCAGAUAUUGGUAUUGCAGUUGCUGAUGCAACUGAUGCGGCCAGAGGUGCAUCAGACAUAGUAUUAACAGAGCCUGGGCUCAGUGUUAUCGUUAGUGCUGUGCUGACAAGCAGAGCCAUCUUCCAAAGAAUGAAGAACUACACAAUCUAUGCAGUCUCAAUCACAAUUCGUAUUGUGCUUGGCUUCAUGCUGAUUGCCCUCAUCUGGAAGUUUGAUUUCUCACCCUUCAUGGUCUUGAUCAUUGCCAUUCUCAAUGAUGGAACUAUCAUGACCAUCUCCAAGGACAGGGUAAAGCCAUCCCCAUUGCCUGACUCAUGGAAGCUUAAGGAGAUCUUUGCUACUGGUCUUGUCCUCGGCACCUACCUUGCAGUUAUGAGCGUAAUCUUCUUUUGGGUUGCUUUCAAGACCACCUUCUUCUCUGACAAAUUUGGUGUGAGACCCAUCAAUAACAAUAAUAAUGAGCUUACAGCUGCACUGUACCUUCAAGUUAGUAUAGUGAGUCAGGCUCUCAUUUUUGUCACUCGUUCCAGGAGCUGGUCUUUCAUUGAGCGCCCUGGUGUCUUGCUUGUUGCGGCAUUCCUUGCUGCCCAACUGGUGGCCACGGUGAUUGCCGUGUAUGCAAACUGGUCUUUUGCUAGGAUCCAAGGAAUUGGCUGGGGAUGGGCGGGAGUCAUUUGGCUCUACAGUAUUAUUUUCUACUUCCCUCUUGAUGUCCUCAAGUUCAUCACUCGUUAUGGAUUGAGUGGAAGGGCUUGGGAUAACCUGCUUCAGAACAAGACUGCUUUCACAAAUAAGAAGGAUUAUGGAAGGGGAGAGAGGGAAGCACAAUGGGCAUUGGCUCAACGCACCCUUCAUGGCCUCCAACCAGCAGAAUCAGCUGGGCUAUUCAAUGAAAAGACCAACUACAGAGAAUUGUCUGAGAUUGCAGAACAAGCUAAGAAACGUGCGGAGGUUGCAAGGCUGCGUGAGCUUCAUACAUUAAAGGGCCAUGUUGAGUCAGUAGUGAAGCUGAAGGGGUUGGAUAUUGAGACAAUCCAACAACACUACACGGUUUAAGAAGGAUAGGAGUUGAGGCAGAAUUGAUAGCGCCAUUUAUUUUUUCCUU